AUGCUGACGGCGAUCGAGGCGAAAAUGGAGGAACUCUUGGACAUUCUUGAGAUGCUGCCUUCAGACCGAGUGGAGGUGGCGCAGCGAGCAAGAGAGAAAGAGCGUCGUCUGCUGGCCAGAGAGGAGAAGCGUACACAACAACGUCUGCAUCAGGAGGAACGAAUUCGACGAGCUCUGGAACGCGCCCAGGCUGCACCGAAGAAGCAGGUGCGUUGCCUAACGACCGGUAGCUGA